UUGAUAUCAGUCGAAUGAAAAGUGCCUAUUUUUGAUAUAAAGAGCACCGAAUUCUGCGUACAUUGAUGACAUUAACACAACACAUCGAUUGCUAUUCACACUUCCCGAAGCAAAAAAUAUGUGUAACAAAUACUUUCAUCUCCAUUUCGUCGAUGUUAGUUUCACAUCAAUUCUUUAAAUUCAGAUCAUCGAACAGGAAGUCAACUCAUUCCUAAUAUACGCUUCAUUUCAUGAAAUAAACAAAUGUUCAACGGAACGAACAUAUUAUUUGUUUAUUUUUCCAGUCCAGCGUUGUGCUGCAUGCGUACAUUCUAUAUUUAGGACGAACACGAUGCCGCCGGUUCGUUGCAAACACAUACAAUAAACCGUUUCACGAAAAAAAAAUUCCAUGCGAAACACCAAAACACAGAUGUGAUUCAGUUGACCACAGUAUGAAUUCAAUGUGUUGUUUUGGCAAGGAACAAUGGCAGUUCACAGUUUUAACGCUGCUACUGUGUCGAUUGCACGAAAAAUGGAUUUAGCCACUGUGGUUUCUGUUUCCGUAUUCAUUUUUAAUGAAAGAUCAGCAAAACUAGUGAUAAUCGUUUGUUCUUUUUCCACCGUAAGACAGUGAGUGUAUACAAUGGGACGAUUUUGUGUGCUAAAAAAGCAAAGACAUGUUUGCGGCGAAUUUUGUUCAUGUUACCGUUGUGAUACAAAACUAACUGGACAUUUGCAAAGUGGCACUGCUAACAUUUUGACACAACGAAAUUAGCGGAUCAUUUGACAGACUCGGUGACAUCGAUGAGUCGAUGUGAAUUUCAUCAUACGACCGCAACGAAACACAACGAAGCGAAUCGAAUUCAGUCAGACGAGUUGCAUUGCCUGCUGAUCCAAAAUGCCGAAGAGAAAGGGUACACCACUUCGCGGUAACCAGCGGAAAAAGAAGAAAAUAGUCAGCAAAACGGGUAUUGAAGGAGAAAUCGGCAUUCUAGCGAUAAAAAUGACAUUGAAGGCUAUCGUUCGACCACAAUAUUAUCAACAAGUGAAAGAUUGGUUCACCCAAAAGUCGAUUGAAUGCACCAAAAUCUGCGCGUUAGCUUCGCUGCUCUUCCUGUACAAAGUUAAGAGUGCCAACGAAAGUAAUAAUGCGGACUUCUUCAGUGGUGAUGGCAACAAGGAAAUUAAGGAUUGUUUUUAUGCAGUUUUACAAAAAAACAAAGAGAAGGAAGAAAUGGUUCCAGAUUUUCGUGAUUUCGUGGAGAAUAUGGAGGCCGAAAACCGAUUCAGUUGGCCGGGUAAUAGCUUCUUCGGAAACCAGAUGCAAUACCUCUACAAGCAAUACACCACGAAUUUGCGCAACAAUUUGGAGAUGCAUGCCGAAAGACGCCUGUACCAAUAUCUCAUAAUGCGUGCGUGGCAAUUUAACGCUGUUUCAACUGGCCCCACAUUACGCAACGAUGAUAUCAAGCGUGCCGUGCAAUGGACCAUCGAUCGGUAUGAUCCCAUCAAAACAACCGACCGACAUUGGGAAGUAAAGUGGGAGAAGCGCCAAUUGCUUCUCGAUAUGAUUGCGGAAAUUGGCGGGCCAGAAGAUAAUGAUGUCGCAAUAUACACAACAUCGGAAGGAACAUGGUUCAAAUCAAUCAACAUGUGGUUGACUAUGCAAAUGGAGGUGGACAAUUUCCACAUUUGGGCUGAGGAAAAUGGCAUUGAAAUUCCGAAGAUCAAAAAUCUCAAAGUCAUUCCGAUUCAUCAGUUCAUGCGACAGCACGUGAAAAUGGAGACGGACGUUCUCAUUCGAAUGAUGUCCGAAAUGCGAUUCAGAUUACAUGGUCUAAUAAUCAAGUACGAAAUUGUGGAGGACCCCAUGACGCAGUGUUGGGAUGAGAUUUUCGAUAUGCCAAAGAUACAUCGCCUGUUGAAAUCAAACAAACGUUUCCGGCCCUACAUUGCCUCGAAUGGUCAAGCGGUAUCCAUUAUGUACGAAGUACCGAAGAGUCACCUGGAUCGUUUAGUAGACGAUGAAAUCGUGCGGAAACGGUAUCGUGAUGGUGUGUACGUAUACGAGAUUGGGAUUGAUCCCGGCAUGCGUACCUGGAACGCGACAGUCAGACGGAAUAUCAAAACUGGCAAAGAGGUGAGUUGCAUUUUAGUUUCAAUUUGUGUUUGUGUUGUCUCAAAUCGUGUGAUUGAGUGCAUUAUUUCAUUUUUUAUCAUUUUCCCACAGAUCAACUUCACGGUCAGCUCGAAGAGGUACCAUUAUCUGGCCAGGCAGGGUGUUCGGGAUAGGAAGGCAAAGCGAUGGACAAGGCGAUUUGUGGCCGAAGAACAGCAUGACCGUGAACGCUAUCAACGGAUGCCAUCGCCAAAAGGUGAAAAUUGGGGGUCUUACAUCGCACAUCGUUUGACAAUGCUGAAGAAAGGAAUUGAGACGUAUACAACAGAAAAAUACGCCCGUCUGCAAUUUGACAAAUACAUCCAAUCAAACCGUGCAACCGAUAAGAUUGCUAAUUUACUGACAAAUCGCAAACCAUCCAUCAUUCACAUGGGAGCCGUUGAUAUGCCGGCGAAUUCUCCGAUCCGAAUCAAGAAACAUGUUCGUUGUCCAGGCAACCGUAAGUUGGCAAAGAGCUUCAGAAAGAUUCCGAACACCGUCGUGCGACAAGUCAACGAGAACAGAACAUCACAGCUUUGCGGUAGAUGUUUCACCCCGUUCGACAUAGCAACACAACGUGAUCGAAUGAAAGUAUGCGAAUGGUGCCUGCCAGAUAACGAUGAUUGGCCACCAAAUUUGCAGUUACCAACGAAAAUCGUGUCGAAGAAGAGCAAGCGCACGCUGAUAGCGGAUCGACAACGAAUGCGUGAAGCAGUGGAACAGGAUCCAAAUCAAGCUGAACGUUUUGUGUCUAAGGUGAUUUCAUACCAGAAAAACUGGCAACAAAGCGCAGCAAUCGAUGAGGACGCGGACCCUGCCGAGCAAGAGGAUGCAGCAGAGUCACAUGAUCGUCGCAUUUUGAAGACUUGUUGGCAUCGAGACAUCACUGCUGCGAAGCUGAUCUUAUACAAAGGCCACUGUCACCUCUUCGGAAUUCAGCUGCACUUCAUGUUCACAAUUGAACGAAUCAGAUAGAAUAAGAAAUAAGAAAUGUCAAUUAGAAUAGAAUUUUUUCAAACAACAUUUUUGUAAUAGCGUAUUA